AUGGCCGGACCAGAGACGCACAUGGCUCGGAAGUCCGAGUCUGCCUCAUUGUCUUCAGCAAGAAGCUCGACUGACCAGCAGCAUUUAGAGCAUCGACCCGUCGCAUCAGCGCCAAAGCUUACGCGACAGGUCAGCCGUCGACCACCUCGGACUGUAGAGGAGAGCACCGAGGCAGGUCCUUCACGGCCCAGACCUUUCAGCAGCCCACGCCGCCAUCCGUUCAACGCAGAAUAUCAAGGCGGCGGUAGAAACCUCUUCAACAAGGGUCUUGGCAUCGACUUUAAGACAGGGAAGGAGUUCCUGAAACGGAGCAGAGACUUGCGUUUUGCGGAUAGUAUCCCCCAAGCUAGCCCCCGGAACCUCUACACCGAUGUCGAUGAGGGCUGGGACGUAAACGCCGGCAUUGACGACGAAGACUUGACAUCCAAAGGUAAGUCUACUGCUCGCCGUGGCCCGCUCAAGCUCAACACACACGUCGAUGAUGACUGGAGUACGAUCCCCUGCUUUGACGAGGAUGAUCAUCCUACGCACAAAAACGACGCUAAGGGGAAAGGCAAGGCCAUCGGAUACUCUGAUGGCGAUCAGCAGGAUAACACACGCAGGCGUUCCACUGUAUUCGAUGACGGCGGCAAUGGUGACAACAAUAAUGAUAUACGCGCGCGCCCCGAGUCAGAAACGGAGUCCCUUGAGGAAUUCGCCAGUCAGUACCGCAAACAGAUCAUGCAAACACGACGCCCCCGUCGACAGGCCUUCUCAGGGCAGGAAGAACUCAAAGUCGACGCCCCACAAAUGGGAGCCUGGAGCGAUGAAGAAGGCUGGGGCGAUAGAGUCCGGGGCGAAGACGAACAAGGCGCCGUCUCACCACCCGCGGACGAUGAAUCUACGGGGGCUGCUGACGGGCCGCCAUACCCGCCCAACUCGGAGCUCGGCCAGGAAUGUCUCGAGGUGAUCCGCAAGGGCCUCAGUCUCCCCCCCGACUGCGAGCCCCGUCACGUAGAGGCCAUUCUGCUCAAGUCAUGGAUCCUUGUCAAGCACAUGUACAACCAAACCCUGCCCGCCAGGACCCAGGAUCCUUUCCACAAGGGCUACUUUGGUGAGAUGCGCGUCCGAAGCCCUAGAAAUCGUAUUCACAACGAGAUGUUGGCGGAGCACAUUAACGAAGUAUGCUGGGAGAGUGAGAAGCUCAGGGCCAUUGUCCGGGACGACGACCCCCGUGACGGACUGAAUAGGCUUCGCGGGUGCUUCAUCCAGGGGCAGCGAAUCCGCCCAUCCGAUGUCAUGCUGCGUCGUGUCGUCGAGUGCAAGGCCGACUUCAAAGACAGCCAAAUGAGGCAUUGGAACCAGUAUGUGGCCAAGCGUCGGGCACGUCCCCAGUCUACACUCCGCAACGCCGUCGAGGCUGACGAUGCACAUGAGCCGGAAAAGGCGUUGAUGCCGAAGAGAGCUCUUAUGAAACUUGACGAUGUGCAUGCAGAGUUGAUGGUGGACCAGGAGUGGGCCUUCUGA